GGACAAUUUUCUUAUCCCUCAUACACUAAACAAGGUAGAUUUCUGUUGAGGAAACCAGUUAUGGCAACCACAUAUCUCCCCCUCUCUUCCAUCCUCUUUAUGUAUGGCUUCUCUCCCAGUCAACACCUCACUAAACCCCCACAUCCCUCACUUGAACUCCGCCAGAUCCCAUAAACUCACCCCAACCCAUCUCGCAAACCUCUCAGAAAAUGGAAAAACUUACCCAGCUCUACACAAAUCUUAUUUCAAACAGAUAUCUGCACUCUCCAAAGAUGGCCGGAUUCAAGAAGCCGCGGACCUGUUCACUGAAAUGCAGUCCAAGAAUUUCCAAAUCGGACCCGAAAUCUAUGCUGAACUCCUUCAGGGUUGUGUCUACGAGCGUGACAUCUUCAUGGGUCAGCAGUUACACGCGUUGAUUAUCAAAAAUGGUGAGUCUUUUGCAAGAAAUGAGUAUGUUGAGACAAAACUGGUGGUUUUCUAUGCAAAAUGCAGUCUUUUUGAGGCUACGGCCCGUUUGUUUUGCAGAAUUAGGAAACAGAACGAGUUUUCUUGGGCUGCCAUAAUUGGGAUGAAUUGUAGAAUGGGUUUUAGGGAAAGAGCAUUGUUGGGUUUCUGUGAAAUGCAAGAAAAUGGUAUUUUGGCUGAUAAUUUUGUUGUUCCUAACGUUUUGAAAGCGUGUGGCGCUCUCCAGUUGGUUGGAUUUGGUAAGGGGGUUCAUGGGUAUGUGCUGAAGAUGGGUUUUGCUGAGUGCGUAUUUGUCGCAAGUAGUCUGGUGGAUAUGUAUGGCAAAUGUGGGGUUUUGGAUGAAGCAAGGAAAAAGUUUGAUAAAAUGCCUGAAAGAAAUGUCGUCGCUUGGAAUUCGAUGAUUGCGAGUUACGUUCAAAAUGGGAUGAACGAGGAAGCCAUUGAGGUCUUUCAUGAUAUGAGAGUGGAAGGAAUGGAACUGACUCAUGUAACUGUGUCAAGCUUUCUUUCGGCUUCAGCUAAUUUAAAUGUUGUAGUAGAGGGUAAGCAAGGGCAUGCUAUAGCAAUUGUAAAUGGGUUUGGUUUAGAUAACAUUUUGGGAAGUUCCAUUAUAAAUUUCUACGGCAAAGUUGGGUUGAUAGAGGAUGCUGAGUUAGUUUUUAGUAGGAUGGUUGAGAAAGAUGUAGUGACAUGGAAUUUGCUGAUCUCCUCUUAUGUGCAACAUGGUUUGGUUGAGAAAGGACUCAAUUUGUGCCGAUGGAUGAGACUGGAAAACUUUAGGUUUGAUUCUGUGACUCUAGCAUCAAUAAUUUCCACUUCAGCUAAUACAACGGACAUAAAACUUGGCCAAGCGGGCCAUUGUUAUUGCAUUAGAAACAGCCUUGAAUCUGAUGUUGUAGUUGCAAGUAGCAUUGUGAAUAUUUAUGGCAAAUGUGGAAAAUUUAUGUACGCAAGAAGAGUUUUUGACUCUACGAAAAAGAGAGAUCUUGUGUUGUGGAAUACAUUAUUGGCCGCUUAUGCAGAAAAAGGUCUAAGUGGUGAAACCCUGAAGUUGUUUUAUCAAAUGCUGCUAGAGAGCGUUCCACCGAAUGUGAUAUCAUGGAAUUCGGUAGUUCUGGGAUUCAUGAGAAGUGGAGAUGUUGAAAAGGCCAAAGAGAUGUUUUCACAAAUGAAAUCUCUUGGUUUCCAGCCUAAUCUUGUUACUUGGACUACCCUAAUUACUGGCAUGGCUCAAAACGGCUUUGCUGACGAAGCGAUUCUGUUUUUUCAACAAAUGCUAAAAGAAGGAAACAUACCAAAUGCUGUAAGCAUCGUUGGUGCUCUAUCCGCUUGUUCAAACGCAGCAUCAUUGCAUGUUGGACAAGCCAUUCAUGCCAUCAUUAUUAGGUAUAGCAUGUUUUUGUCCAUUCCACUUGCAACUGCUCUUGCGGAUAUGUAUGGCAAAUGUGGAUGCAUUGAUCGAGCGAAGAAAAUGUUUAAUAUGGUUUUAAGGAAGGAGCGUCCUUUGUACAACGCACUGAUAUCUGUCUACGCAUUACAUGGCCAAGCUGAAGAAGCCCUUGCACUGUUUAAACUUCUUCAGGAGGAAGAAAUCGAACCAGACAACUUAACUUUCACUAGCAUUUUGUCGGCGUGUAGCCACUCUGGCUUGUUAGAAAAAAGUUAUGAGCUUUUUGGUGAUAUGAUUUCAAAAUACAAAGUAAAGCCAAGUAUUGAGCAUUAUGGCUGUUUGGUUAGUCUUCUUUCUCGACAUGGGAAGUUGGAUGAAGCGCUUACUCUCAUCCUCAGGAUGCCAUUUGACCCUGAUGAACACAUACUAACGUCACUGCUGGCCGCUUGUAGAGAAAACGAGGAGUUGGAAAUCGGGGAACACGUAUCCAAUAUGUUAUUCAAAUUAGAACCGGAUCACUCGGGAAAUUUUGUCGCGCUCUCAAACACAUAUGCAGCUGCAGGGAAGUGGGAUGAAGUGUCGAGAGUGAGGGCUUUGAUGAAAGAAAAGGGCAUGACGAAGAAUUCAGGGUGCAGUUGGAUUCGAAUCGGGGGAGAGCUCCAUGUUUUUGUUGCUGGUGAUGUAUCCCACUUAAAAACAAAGGGAAUUCAUUCCAUGUUAGCUCAGUUAGGAAAGGAAAUGCAGUUAGUGCAGUAUGUUCAAAUGUUCAGGAACGAUGAAAUUUUGUACUGUUGAAGAAAAUAAAAUGGUGCUGAAUUGCAACUGAAGUUGAGAUAGAUAGGACUUAUCAUUGGGGCUCUGUGUAGUUGAAGUCCCUUAGUUGAUAUGUGGCCCUCUGCUGGGUUUUCACAGAGGUAGAGCAUCUUACCAUUAACUUGUUUUUCAAGUGAAGAGAGAGAGAGAGAGAGAGAGAGAGAGAGAGAGAGGAAUGUAAAGACUAAAGAGAAGUUGUUUGUAUACUGUUUUGUAAUCUUGUUACUUGUUAUUGGAUAAAUCAUGUGGUUUUUGUAACUGGGCUAGCUGUGUUCUUGAAAGAGUACUAAUCCUUUUGAAUACUAGAAUUUCAUGCUGAGCUAA